GGUGACCGAAGGCACCCCGCUGGUUCUACCCUGCAACCCCCCACCAGGCCUGCCUCCUCCGUUCACCUUCUGGAUGAACAGCGCCAUGAUUCCGAUCCCUCAGGAUAAGAGAGUGUCCAUGGGUCUGAACGGUGAUCUGUAUUUCUCCAAUGUUUUGGCCAAAGACGCUCACACUGACUACAGCUGCAACGCUCGCUUCCCCUUCACACACACCAUCCAGCAGAAGAACCCUUUCACACUCAAAGUUAUGACCACGGAGCCGUAUAAUGACACAGCUUACAAUACCAGUGACCCAUUUGGUGGCCGUAAAGUAGCUGAGUCCACGCCGACCUUUCUCUCACCAUCGGGGAGUGAGAGCUCCAAAAUGGUGCUACGAGACGAGAGACUGCUGCUGGAGUGUAUUGCUGCUGGACUUCCAACGCCCACCAUCAAGUGGUUUAAGAAGGGUGGGGACCUUCCAGGGCGGAAAGUAAAGUUUGAGAACUACAACAAGACCCUGAAGAUUAUCAACGUGUCAGAGGAGGAUGCUGGGGAGUAUGUGUGCAUGGCCAACAAUCAUUUAGGCAGCAUACGCCAUUCCAUCUUCGUUCAGGUCAAAGCGGCUCCUUACUGGCUGGACAAACCUACAAACCUGGUGCUCGCUCCGGAUGAGAACGGGCGCCUGGUGUGUCGCGCCAAUGGCAACCCCAAACCCAACAUCCAGUGGCUCCUCAACGGAGAGCCUUUAGAAAGUUCUCCCCCCAACCUGAGCAGACAGGUUCUCGGUGACACCAUCAUCUUCCGCUCGGUGCAGAUGGGAAGCAGCGCUGUGUACCAGUGCAACGCCUCCAACCAACACGGCUAUCUGCUUGCCAAUGCCUUUGUCAGCGUCCUCGACAUGCCUCCGAGGAUGCUGGGCCCUAAAAACCAACUGAUUAAAGUCACUGAGAACAACCGCACCUUCCUAGAGUGUCCCUUCUUUGGUUCCCCUCUGCCGGACUUGCGCUGGUUUAAGAAUGGACAGGGCAGCGGGCUCGAUGGUGGUCAAUACCGUGUUUACAUCAAUGGCACACUAGAGAUCAAACGGGCCCGACCGGAGGACGAGGGCACCUAUACCUGUGUGGCCAACAGCAUCCUGGGCAAGGCCGAGAACCAAGUUCGCCUGGAGGUCAAAGAGCCGACUCGAAUCGUCCGAGCCCCGGAGCACCAGUCAGCCAUUAGGGGCUCCACGGCUCGUUUCAACUGUAAGGUGAAGUCUGACCCCAGCCUGCCCAUCACCGUGGUCUGGACCAAAGAUGACAAGCCUCUCCACAUGGGAUGGAGGCUGAGGAAAGACGACGAGUCACUGACCAUCCCCAAUGUGAACGAGGGCGACGAGGGAUCGUAUACCUGCACUGUUAAAUCUGAGAUAGACGAGGACUCAGCCUCAGCCCGCCUCACUGUGUUAGAGGAAGCCUCCCUCAACCCCUCAGUCUCUAGUGCCUUGCCUCCAGACCGUCCAGACCCUCCCAUGGAUCUGGAUCUGUCAGACCCAGCCGCCCGCAGUGUUCGCCUCACCUGGAUCCCCGGAAACGACCACAGGAGCCCAGUCACGCAGUUCCUGGUCCAGUUCGAGGAGGACCGCUGGGAGCCUGGCAGGUGGCAGGACUUGUCCACUUACCCUGGAGACCUAAACUCUGUCAUCCUGCAGCUUGCCCCCUUCGUCAACUACCAGUUCAGGGUCAUCGCCAUCAACGCAGUGGGCCAGAGUCAGCCCAGCCGCCCCUCACCACGAUACAAGACCAGCGGAGCAGCCCCAGAUGCUAUUCCCAGAGGUCUGCGAGGCUGGGGAUCCAAGAAGGACAACAUGGAGAUCACCUGGGAGCCUCUUCUUGAUCUGGAGAGAAAUGGCCCGAACUUGCACUAUAGUGUGUGGUGGAGACGGAAGGACUCAGGGGAGGAGUGGAGUAACAUAACCACGGUGGGGUCCAAACAUGUCAUCCACAACACAGAAACCUACGUGCCUUAUGAGAUCAAAAUCCAGGCCAGGAAUGAGUUUGGACAUGGACCUGAGUCCAAUGUGGUGAUUGGAUACUCUGGAGAGGACAAUCCCACUGAAGCUCCAACUGACCUGCGGGUUUCAAACAUUGACAGCACCAAAGCCAACAUCCACUGGAAGCCCGUGGACCAGAGCUCUGUCCAUGGAGAGUUCAAGGAGUACAGAUUGCACUACUGGCGUGAGUCCAGUCUGGUUCCGGGUCUGGUGGUCAGCAAGGAGAAGAAGACCAAAGGUUUCUACAGCAUGGUGGCCGAGCCGUCCGGCAUCCUCAGCGACCUGGUGCCCUUCUCCAAGUACAAGAUGUUCAUGGUUGUGGCCAACAACCUCUUCGAAGGUCCGCCCAGCAACACGGUGGAACUCACCACUAAGGAGGGAGUGCCCGAUGCUCCAAAGUUUUUCAGGAUUAACCGGAGAAGUUUCGACACCAUCCACCUAGAAUGGGACAAACCUCUGGAGCCCAAUGGCAUUCUGACCGGAUACGAUCUCAAGUACCAAACAGUCAACGGCUCCAGGGUGGGUCGUCGACAGCUGCAGACUUUCCCUCCCAACGAGACCGAGUUCACCCUCCGCCUGCCGGACCGAUCCACCCGCUAUAAGUUCUAUCUGUCAGCACGCACGCAGGAGGGAGAGGGGGAGGUGUUUGCUGAGGAGUCCCCACACUUUGCCAAUGAGGUCGAGCUUACCGACGCCACCGUGGCUUCAGCUUUCACCCCUACUCCUCCUCCUCUUGCUCCUCUUCCUCCUACUACCAUCGCUCCUACAACCAUUAGUACCUCAACUUCUACCACUACUACAACUACAACUACUACUACUACGACUACUACUACCACUACCACCACCACCACUCCAACCGAGGCGACAACUACCACCCCGCCUCCUGAGCUGGUCACCACCAAGCGUACCGAUCAGAAUGUGUUGGUGGCCCCUGGGCGGGAGAUCUGGAAUCUGACGGUGGAGACUAACAAUAACUACGCUAACGUCAGCUGGCGACACAACUUCCCGGCCGGCAGCAGCGAGUUUGUGCUAGAGUUCACACUGGACAGUGACAAGUCGGUGAGAAAUAUAACGGUGAAAAAGCAGCCCCCCGUUUCAGUGGCGGAUCUGAUCGCAGGCGCCACGUACCAUCUGAGGGUUUACUCGCAUGAGCUCAACAGCGUCAGCAGCAAACCUUACACCUUUAAGACCAAAGCAGCCUACAUAGACCAGGUGGACAUAGCCACACAGGGCUGGUUUAUUGGUCUGAUGUGUGCCAUCGCCCUCAUCAUACUGAUCCUCCUCAUCGUCUGCUUCAUCAAGAGGAGUCGCGGGGGCAAAUACCCAGUCCGUGACAAAAAAGAUCUUCCCUUGGACCCAGUAGAUCAGAAAGAUCAGGAUGGAUCCUUUGAUUACCACAGCGAUGAGGACAACAAGCCUCUCCAGGGCAGCCAAACGUCACUAGAUGGCAAUGUGAAGGAAAGCGACGACAGUCUGGUGGACUAUGGCGAAGGCGGCGAUGGCCAGUUCAACGAGGACGGCUCUUUCAUUGGCCAGUACACGGUGAAGAAGGACAAGGACGAAACGGAGGGCAAUGAGAGCUCUGAGGCCACCUCGCCUGUCAAUGCCAUCUACUCGCUGGCGUAGCGUCGUAGCAGCACACGGGGGAAUGCGGUGGUACCCUCGGAUUUGAGAGCGUUACGACAAACCACGACACAACACACCGGACACAAACACACACAUGAAUAUAUUAAUAUAUGAAACACAUUAAGGAAAGCAGCGGGGCCUGUCUGGAGACUGUGUAGGCUCUCCUCUGCAGAUACAGUAACAGGGGAACACAGGAGUGGAAUUAGACCACAAGCCUUUAUUUUAGUUUCCAGCUCUGAGAAAUUGGCCCACUGGAGGUGACGUUUGGACAAAGAGGACAGUGCUGGUUUUCCUCUGCGCUCUGCCUGCCCUUACACAGACUUGAAGUGUGCCUUCGGGGCAGCUUUCAGCACUUGGAGGCAUCACCAGGCGUUCUUUAGAGAUUUUUCUUUGGUUUCUGCUCCGAACAUUUUCAGUGUCCCUGCUCUCCCUUCUGAUAACGCCCCUCAACCCUCUGUGUAGCAUCCCAAUAAAGUACACACAAGAGGUCCCUUAAACACACACACACACACACACACACACACACACACACACACACUGGCCCCGUCCUGUAACAUAUCAGCUUCUAACCAUCAAACUCAACAGGAUGCCGGCAGAUAUGUUUAUCAUAUUGAUAUUUACGCAGUGAAAGAUUUUAGUUUUUCCACAGCUGGUAGAUGAGUCAUUGAACCGUACUGAGUGCUGUAUACAGUCGUGGCACACAUUUUAGUGCCCCGCAAAACUAUGCACUGUCACCUCCUCCAUACCAUGUUGGGUUUAAUCUGGUUAGGAAAAGUACACAUUUUCUUUUUUUUUUUACCACUUGCAGGCUCAAUCACAUGCUUUUAUUCACUUUGCCUUGUAUGAUGUGGUAGACAUGUUCUUCUUACCUCUAAUCCAAUGUUGUAGUGAAGAUGUUCAAAAUGGCCACCAAGAGAAACACUAUUUUGGCCACAAGCACCAAGCUCUGCUACAGUAUGUUGUUAAUGAGUCCGUUAUUUUUUAUUUAUUUAUUUUUUUUAAAAAGACAAAUCUUAUUUUGGAGCAUGAUAGUAACUUAGUGAAAGAGAAAUGGAAGGCAACAGAGAGGAACAUUAGUUUUGCUUGAGUAACACCAGUAGACCACAACCCAGAGAAUUUCCUAGUUAGCAUGCAGGCUAAUGCUGCAUUCAUGUCAAAUUGUAAGAACAGUUUGUUGGCAGUUUUACUUUGUUGCCGUUAAGCCUCCAUGCUUCUUUUGGGUUUGGUUUCUUAUUUGUUAGACACACGAAAAAGCGAGUAGAACUUUUGAAAGUGUGUCUUAUACCAAACCAGGCAUUGCAACGUCAAGCCAACAUCACAUAAUGUGACCCCUCCAGGAUGUUUGUGGUGCUGCAAUCACAACAAUUAAUGCAAAUACAGCCAAUCCCUGUGAACGUUGCUUUAUAAAAAAAAAAAAAAACAAAAAAAAAAAAAUAAGACUCUUCAAAAAUUUGGCUAUAACGACAGAGUUUAGUUGUUUUGUUGUUAUGAAAAUAUGAUGAGUAGGAAUUAGAUCAGAGAGUGCUGUUAAGCUGUGCUAACCAGGCAGAGAUCUUGGUGAUCAGUUUUUGCCCUGCCACAGCUUGUCCCCUAUUAAGAAAUAUUUCCCCCAAUAAUUAUUCUGCAAAAAAACCCCACAUAAAUUCAACAAAACUUGCAUUGCAUUUUUUAGAAAAGAAAAGCUGCUGUGGAAUCAGGUACUUUGUGCAGCAAUAAUCCCAAAAAAACAGCAAAAUCCUGGAGGGACUGAUAAAUACGUACAACAAAGGAACAUUUUUUGAAUAAUUAAAGUUUUUUAAUGGAUAUAUAUCCCUCUAGACUAACCACAUUGUAUUUUCUCAAUUGUGACACUAAAAUUCUGGAAGUCUGGGGUCCCAGCCCCAAAGCUCUUGAAUACUUUUUAUCUCCCGUAAGCUGAGAUGUGUAAUGUUUUUAAGUUGGAAGCUAAUAUCUAUGUUCUUUUGCAUGGGACGUGAAUGCAGCACAAGAGGAUGGGAUCCUUAGGGUGCGUUCAGACUACAUUUCUGCCUCAUUUUUGACACAAAUUUCACCUCUAGAUUUUUUUUUCUGCAGUCCAUGUUUAUUUGCCUUAAACAGCUAACAUACAGUCGUUAGUUGUCAGAUAGUUAGUGACAUACGCACCGACCUCCAGUUCUUUCUGUUACCUUCUUCCAGACCUCUCUCAGAUGUUGUAUAUUGAUUAAAAUGGACUCAUGAAGCCUCAGAACAGGCAAAAAGUUUCACUUAAGUUGAAACAGUUUCAACUCACAUGGACACAUCUUUGGCUCAGUUCAUUAAUGUAUGUGCUCUCAUGUCUUUGCAUUGACUUUAUAUGCACUCGCACCGCCUCGAAAACUCUCUGUCUCGAGUCUGAACCCACUUCUACUGAGUGAUCUACACCUCUCUCCCUUCCUCUAGUUUUUAUAAACUCAAUUUGUUGAUCAUUACAGAUGAAAAAAAAGAGUUAGGGUCGCAUAGAAUACUUGAAUUAAAUGACAGCAUGAAAAUAUAUACAUUCAAUUCACAGUCACCUUGAAAGGAAGCGUAUCAGCUUACUUUUUAGUUUUCGCAGAGGAAGCAAAGAAAAAAAGAAAACUGUUUGAGUAACAGGACAGGUUUUUAGGAGUAUGAAUGCUCAGUAUUUCACAUGUCCUGCAACCAUAUUUGUCACGUAAUCAUUCUGUUAGCAGACUGAUGGACUGACAGUCAAUUCUUGAUUUUAUACUAAAUGUUCACUGAGUGCUCAUUUGUUUGCCCACAUCACUUUGGCACUCAUACUGUUGUUACCUGCUAAUCAUCAGCACUAUUAAGCCCUCCGAUGCUAAAUCAAAAAGAUCUGUACUGCAGUUAGCGACUGGAGUUCACAUUGUAUUUCAAAUAUUUAUUUUAUAUUUCUAUUUAUUACAUUAUGUGGAUAGUAUUAAUAUUAGUCCUUAAUUUAAUAAUUGUUAUAUACACAUUUUUGACCAACUUAUUUUGUUGUCUUACAUCAGAAAUAGCCGGGAUAAAGAUGUUUCCAGAAUCUGUUAUUGUUCAUCACGACAAGCAUUAAACACAACAGUAUGUUCAAGGUAUUUGUGAUAUUUGUAGCAGCUGGCUUUCUGCUGAAAACAAACCAACAACAACAAAAUAACUGUCACGGUACAUACAAAAAGCUCAUGUUUAUCUGUCCAUUGUGCUGCUCUUCUCAUACUCAUGUUGUAUUACAAUUACUCUGUGUUGUCAUUCAGAUUUAUGUAACAUUACCUUUCCACCACAGAGAAAAUUAAUAUUGUUGCUUAUUAUUUAUUUGACAUAUAUUCUGUACAUGUAGGUCCUGAAAAAAAAGUCUUAUAUUUGUAAAUAUUUAAAAGUUGAUUUCCCCAGAAAAAUGCUUUAUCCGAAAAGGAAACAAAAAGUCACAAAUCUGUAUCCACCAAGCAAAUGCGACAGGUGCAUCUUUAGUCUGUCCUGCACCUUUGUAAUGUAGCUUUGACUAACAUUUGCACUCUGAAAAAAGUAACAAGAAUCAUCCUUCACUCUCUAUUGCCCUUUGCUUUGACAUUGUAAUAUACUGACUGCAGCGAGUCCAUCAGUCACUUGUUUGAUGAUGGUUUGGAUUCUAUAUUGUGAAAGAGGAACACGUUAAAUUCUCUAAGAUGUAAAUAAGAUGUAAAGUGCUCCUGCGAUUUGUAGCAUUGUCGCACACAAACUGCUAGUAGGCCUAAAAAACAUGCAUUCGCUGUGGUAUUGGAACAAACUCCCUUGUUAUACAUUUGUCAUCUCUCUGUCACGUAACAUGUCAAUUGUUGCAAAGCUAGUUUCAUUUCACAACCUGAUCACCAGAAUAAAAUGUUGGAAUUGUACAUUUCUGCAAACCAUGGAUAGGCAACAUUUGUCACUGUAUCCUCAUAUAACAGUUUGUAUGGUAUCCCACAAAUUAGUGCCCCACAUAUGACAUUAUGUACUCAAAGUAAAGUUACUGUGGUCAUGUUUAAGAAAAAGAAAAUAGUGACGAUGUAUCUUAAAAUGAGUCAAAGUUCAACAAUUUCAUACUGGGUAAGUUCCAGGGCAUCCGUCUUUACUCCCAUCUGCGCAUUGGUAACAUGAUAGUGGCCUUUACAAGUAUGUGACUUAUACACAAGCAACUGGCUCAUGAGCAUGUGGAAUAUGUACAAAUUAGGUCUGGGCGGUAUGUUAUAUUUCAUACCUUCAUACCUUCCUGGAAUGUCAUUGGGGUAUAUGGUAUAUUGCAUAAUAAGUGUGUGGUGCUAAUUAAAAUUUCUCUCGGUCACAGAAGUCACUAUAAAACACACUUCACUGAAACCCAACUGAAAUGAAAUAAAACUCAUCCAGACCAUCUUGGUUAAAAACCCUACUUGGUUAUAGGUAGAAAAAGAUCAUUUUGGGGCUUAAAAACUAUGGUCUUUGUAGCGCAAUCACAGCCUGAGAAACCAUCAGUGUCUCAGUGAAAAACAACUGCUUUCCACAGCCCAAACCCCCCUCAAAAAAAAUCGACAGGUUACUUAAAUCACCCACAUUUUGUGGCUACAAAGCUGCUUUUUUUUUUUUUCGAAGGUUACGAAAAGUGGUCUACAGCUUGCCAGGUGUCACGCCAUCCACCAUCCCCUCCGCCUUCUGAUAACAAAGUCAGCUCUUCUCCUAUGUUAUUUUAGAAGCAUUCAUAUGAUACAUAUGAAAUGCACAAAUGUUACAUAUUUGGGGUUUGCAGAAAGGUACAAUUCUAACAUUUUCAUCUGGUAACAGGGCUGCUUUCAGGGGCCACCUGAGAGGACUAAGGUUGUAUCUUCUCCACCUCCACAAAUGAGGUCAAGCCUCACACAGAUCAAAUAAUCAAGCCCAAAUUUGGUUCCAGAAAGUUGACCCUUAAACAUUUAGAAAACAUUGUAAACAUUAUGUUACAUGAUGGUAAUGUCUUUGGAAUUGGUAAAAGAAGUGGUAAUAAAAUGGAAUAAGGGUAAGAUGAGAUUAAUACACUGACAAACACUGUGUCAGGUGACUAGGCGAAUGCAUUUAAAAAGAUCUGUAAUGCGCCAGCAAUCAUUAUUUCCAUCCUGUAAAUAUAUUAACAAGAUAAUCAACAAUAAAAGUGAUACUUUGCUGUUUUUCAACCAGGUCUGUGCCACAGCAAUGAAGGGAGAGUGUUCAGAUGAACGGUAUUAAGGUGCCUCCUGCCUGUGUUGUGAGCAAAAGUAUGGAUUUUGGCUUUUGGACAGGUGGGGAGCUCUAAUAGCAACCAGUGCCGCCAGUAAGUGUGCUGGGCUUUGAAGUCAAUUUUCAUAGUGGCCUAAUAGCAGUCCUGCAAAUUUCCAGCGUCCGUUGCAUGAUGCCAUUGCAACCAAAAAUACUUUUCCCCCUUGACUUACAUUGGGAAAAAGACAUCUCUAAAUUAGUAGAUAUAUUUUUUCUGAGCGAACCCCUGCAAAAUGACUUGAUUCACUAUGGAGAUUUAAUCCAUUUAGUCCAGUAACAUUUGGAAAGUCUAAAAGAGCUGCGAGGUUCAAUGAUUUCAUUCCCAUUCACGCUAGCAGAGUGCUAAACCUGUUGUUAGUUGCUCUGCUGUGCUGAGUUGCGCUUGGCCAUGCUCUGCUGUGCAAGUCCAUAGUGCGCCCACUCUGUGUGCCCAAUGAUGCAAAAUAGCGCUGAUCAACCGGGUCAUUUAAAAUGCUACAGCUGAACCAUUUCGACUUCAUCCACCACCGAGCAACUCUUAUAAAAAUAAACAGGCCCCCGCUACGAGUGCUGAUACAUCCAUCUCCCCUACCCCUGUUCAUCUGUAUGGGUUGAAAAUCUGCAAAGUAUUCCUUUAAACAUGUGACUGGUUGGCAAACAAGUGACCAAAUUUGGGCAAAAGAAGGGUGCAGGGUGAUCGAUUCUGCCAUUCUGGCAUUUUCAUUUAGCAGAUUUCAAAAGUCCUUAAAAUGGAACACAGUAUGUCCCAGUGACAGGCGACCACUUUUUAAACAGAUGAAAACAUUGGCUUGGUAUUUCACACCUCUUUAAAAAUCCCAAAACCAACCUCUGUGUCACCACUUCCCUCUUCCAAAAACUCAUGGUCCUUCUGGUCUUUCUGUAGAAACUCAAAGCAAUACCCUCUUUCCUGUGAAUCAGUUGGGUGUUUUCUCUGAUGCCACUGUGUUACAGUGUGUUCACUUGGUGACCACAGGGGGCUGUUAGUUUGAGCACUGAGCACAGACAUCUAGACAUGAACAGGAGACUGCAGCUGAAAAAGAAGAAUACAGGAAGAAAACGCACUGAGAGAUCAAACAUUGUAAUGUUGGAACGUAUACUUUCACACCGGACUCGUUGGAAGCCGUUUCUUCCAGAUGUGGUCUUGUAACCUGCACCUCCCUCUUCCCACAUGGUCUUUCCCCUUCCUCCCAAAUGGAUCACAGCGGGGUAAUGUUGUAAACUGGCUAUAUAACAAAGAAAAGAGAAUUAUGCGUAUUUGCUGACACACAGUGCUUCUUUUUUGUCCUUUUCUUGGUGCACGUUGACUCUCUUUUUUUCCGUCUGCAUCGUCUCAGCUCACCUCUAAUGGGGCAAAAAGAAAAUGUCAGUAUACAGUUUUAUACUGCUCUGUGUUUCUCUUCAUUUCAAAAAUGCUGCAAAGUGUAGAAUUUUACUGGUGCACAUGCAAGAUUUGCAACUGGGUUUUUUCAACGAUUGAUCACAUGCUGUUUGGCUUUUUUUAUUGUUAUGAAUUCUCAUAUUAGCAUCUUCUUGUUUUUACCAUGUGUAUCAGAGCAGCUCGUCAAAGUCUUGCUUCGACACGCAAAAAUAACAGCUUUUGUAAGGUACAUACUCAACAGAAAAUGGCAUAAAUAUAUUCACCAUGUAUGCGUGUAUGAUGAGAUGUUGCAACUUCUGCUAGCGACGCCUUCUUUAUAGUAAAGCUAUCUCCUUUUCUCUA